AUGUAUAGAAAAGGUGAAUUAAUUUUACUUGGUCUAAUUUUAAUUAUAUCGGUUGUAAAGGGAGGUGGUAGUGGAGGAGGAAUCUUUUUUGAAGAGGAGGAAUACAGAAAAGAGUUUGAAGGAUGGAUUCAUAGAUUUGAAAAAAGUUAUGAAUCAUUUGAUUUCCUUCAACGUUUUGCUGUAUUCAAGACCAAUAUGGAUUAUGUCCAUGAAUGGAACUCCAAGAAACUGCCAACUGUCCUCGAGUUGAACCAAUUCGCCGAUAUCACCAAUCAAGAGUAUCGUAGACUCUACCUUGGUACUCGUAUCAAUGCUCGUCAUCUUUUGGGAACCCCAGGUACACAUGAAAUGUCAAACAAUUUCGGAAAAGUCUUUGGUGACGAUGAUUCCGAUAGUUCUGGUGCUACUGUUGAUUGGAGAGCUAAAGGUGCUGUUUCCCCAAUUAAAAAUCAAGGUCAAUGUGGUUCAUGUUGGUCAUUCUCAACAACUGGAUCUGUCGAAGGGGCACAUUACAUCUCUACUGGAAAGAUGGUACCAUUAUCUGAACAAAACCUUGUUGAUUGCAGUGGAUCAGAAGGCAAUAUGGGUUGUCAAGGUGGUUUAAUGAAUCUUGCUUUUGAUUAUAUUAUUAAAAAUGAAGGUAUCGAUACCGAAGAUUCAUAUCCAUACAGUGCUGAAACAGGAAAGAAGUGUCUCUUUAACAAGACCAAUGUUGGUGCUACCAUCUCAUCGUACAAGAAUAUUACCUCUGGUGAUGAAAGUAAUUUGGCCGAUGCUGUAAAGAAUGCUGGUCCAGUAUCCGUUGCUAUCGAUGCUAGUCACAAUUCAUUCCAACUCUAUUCUCAUGGAAUCUAUUAUGAAAAGGAUUGUUCAUCUGUUAAUCUUGAUCAUGGUGUAUUGGUAGUUGGAUAUGGUUCUGGUGAUCCAUCAUCACUUGCAAACAACGUUGGUGGUAGAUCCGGACCAAAGAUGGUUGUAUUCAACAACAGAAUGGUCAAGACACCUUCAUCCAACGGUGACUACUGGAUAGUCAAGAACUCGUGGGGGUCGACCUGGGGCUCACACGGUUUCAUAUUUAUGAGUAUGAACAGAGAUAACAACUGUGGUAUCGCUACUUCUGCUUCCUAUCCAAUUGUUUAG